AUGGUGGCGAAGUUACCCUUGCCAUCAAUUGAUUGCCAUCAUGCAGCCGCCCAACCUCGGCCGUCGUCCCGUCAAGUUCUCCGGCAUGGUUUUGGGUUGUGGGACCGAUUGGGUCGUGGGAGAAUUUUUGUUCAGCCAUGUAGAUCUUUCAGGUCUGAGGAGGAAAGUGGAGUCGGUGAGAAAGGGAAGAACAGUGAAGAGAAUUUUGGGAAAAUUAAGGAAAGUAAUGUUGUGGAGGCUGAAAGAAGUGUAAAUAAAUUUGUGGGCUUUGUGAGAAAUGCUGUUUGGAGAGUUUCAAAGCCAAGUUUAAGGUCACAAGGCGAGUUCAGAGAGGCUUUGGAGAUGCUGGAAGAGAAGUUAUUUUCUAUAUUUCUCCAAUCCUCAGGUGUAAUUACUGGCAAUUAUCUAUCAUAUAUGGCUAUGGUGGCGAAGUUACCCUUGCCAUCAAUUGAUUGCCAUCAUGCCGCCGCCCAACCUCCGCCAUCGUCCCGCCAAGUUCUCCGGCAUGGUUUUGGGUUGUGGGACCGAUUGGGUCGUGGGAGAAUUUUUGUUCAACAAUGUAGAUCUUUCAGGUCUGAGGAGGAAAGUGGAGUGGGUGAGAAAGGGAAGAACAGUGAAGAGAAUUUUGGGAAAAUUAACGAAAGUAAUGUUGUGGAGGCUGAAAGAAGUGUAAAUAAAUUUGUGGGCUCUGUGAGAAAUGCUGUUUGGAGAGUUUCAAAGCCAAGUUUAAGGUCACAAGGCGAGUUCAGAGAGGCUUUGGAGAAGCUGGAAGAGAAGUUAUUUUCUCUUUCCAUUCACGUGGGUAGAUACAUUGUAACGAUGUUAAGCACUGGAGUUAUACUGCUAACUGGGUUUCAGUUAUCAGGUGGAGAUGGUCAAAUGAAUGCAUUGAUAUGGUAUAGUUGGCUUGGAGGGAUCAUCAUUGGGACAAUGAUUGGUUCGAAUAUGGUGUUAGAGGAAGUCAGUCGAUCAGGUCCACGCAAUGUUGUCAUAACUGGAAGUACACGAGGACUUGGAAAAGCUCUUGCUCGUGAAUUUCUACUUUCCGGUGACAGAGUUGUAGUUACUUCACGCAGCCCUGAAUCUGUGGACAUGACUGUCAAAGAAUUAGAAGAAAAUUUAAAGCAAGUCAUAAUCGCCACUGGUGGCUCAUCCAAAACAAAUUUAAGGCAUGCAAAAGUGAUGGGAAUCACAUGCGAUGUCUCUAUUCCUGAUGACGUUCAGAAGUUGGCAGAAUUUGCUGAAAAUGAACUUGGCUCAAUAGAUAUUUGGGUCAACAAUGCUGGGACGAACAAAGGUUUUAGACCAUUGCUGCAAUUUAAUGAUGAUGAUAUCCAACAGAUUGUGUCUACGAACUUGGUUGGAUCCAUCCUAUGCACUCGUGAAGCAAUGCAGAUUAUGAACACCCAGAACAAGGGUGGCCAUAUAUUCAACAUGGAUGGUGCAGGAUCUGGUGGAUCUAGCACCCCACUGACAGCUGUCUAUGGCUCAACAAAAUGCGGUCUUAGGCAGCUCCAGUCGUCUCUUCUAAAGGAGUGCCGACGAUUAAAAGUUGGAGUUCAUACAGCCUCACCAGGCAUGGUUCUAACGGACUUGCUAUUAAGUGGUUCUAGUGUACAAAACAAACAGAUGUUUAAUAUCAUCUGCGAGCUUCCAGAGACAGUUGCUAGAACUUUAGUUCCUCGAAUGCGAAUUGUAAAGGGAAGUGGGAAGGCUAUUAACUAUUUAACUCCUCCGAGGAUCAUACUUGCUCUGGUCACAGCAUGGGUGAGACGUGGCCGUUGGUUUGAUGAUCAGGGACGAGCACUUUACACUGCAGAGGCAGAUAGACUUCGCAACUGGGCAGAAAGUCGAACCCGGUUUUCCUUUACUGAUGCCAUGGAGAUGUACACAGAAAAUACAUGGGUUUCCGUUUUUUCACUUUCAGUGGUAUGUGCAUUCAUCAUCUUAUCAAGUACAGGUAACACAUUUCCCGGGACCUGA